AUGAAGACUCCUCCUAAUUCUGAAGAUGAGCUACAAUCUGAUGAGGAGUCAGACGGAUUUCCAAUAUUUAAAAAUGGGACAAGAUUCAGUGAGCUACAUCUACAAGUGAAAGAGUGUGCCUGGGUUGUGUAUGCCUCAAGGGACUGUGAUGACUCAUGUUGGCAAAUCAAGACUUUCAACGACAACCAUACUUGUGCGAGGGAGAACACCAACAGGGCUACUAAUAGGGCUUGGGUUGCUAGUAAAUUAGUGAAAAAGGUAAGGAAAUACCCCAAUUUCAAGCAAUGCGAGGCUGCUGUGUACUUCAGGACAAAGUGUGACCUUAUUCUGAAUAGAAAUUCCAUUGCAAGGGCACUGAAAGAUGCAAGGAAUGUAGUAUACGGGGAUGAGAAGGCACAAUAUGCGAAACUAAGGGACUAUGCUGAAACUUUACUGAAGACGAAUCCUAGAUCUACGAUACAGAUAUGUGUCAAACCUCAACCAAAUGGAGACGUCAUAUUUGAUAAGAUGUAUGUUUGUUUGCAUGGUUGCAAAAUGGGAUUCAAGGCAGGUUGUCGCCCCUUGAUUGGGCUUGAUAGGGCAUUUCUGAAGACACAAUUUGGAGGUCAAAUCUUAAAUGCUGUGGCACAAGAUGCCAAUCAUCACAUUUACGUAAUUGCAUGGGCUAUAGUUGAAAUAGAGAAUACAGACACUUGGAGAUGGUUCCUGGAGCUGCUUCAUGCUGAUCUUGGAGACUACAAAACUAACGGAUGGUGCUUUAUUUCUGAUAUGCAGAAGGUAAUGUUAACUUUCAUGUGCUUUUAA